AUGCAGCGCGGCCUCGUGCACAACUCCCAGGCGACGCAGGAUCAGACCGGUCAGCUGCGCUACCGAAGACGCGUGCUUCACGAUUCCGCGAAAGGUGCUUUGGGGGCGAUGCCAAUCCUUCGGCCGGCGAUCGCGUCGUGGUCGUAUCUCAUCCCUUCCUUGAAGACGAGCGUGGAGACGGCCGUACCAGCUUCGAUUUGGGAGCGGCUUCAGGAAGGCUACGACGCAACGACCUCCACGGCAUCUUCAAGGCUCUCGGAAUCAAACCCAAGCGCGGGUGAAACCGCGUAUAAACCGCUCUCGGAGGCCGAUCGCAUCGCCCUCCAAGAAGGCCAGCGGUGGUUUCGCUACGAACUCCACCAGCGCCUUCCCCUUCUCGAGGAUUCCCUCGCACACGCCGAGUUGAAGCAUCUCGUGGAGUGGCCGUGGCUCUUCCGUCGGGUGUGGCUCGUCCUCCCUUUGAGCCCUUCCACUUCGGCAGAACGGAUGAUGGGAGUGAUUUCCAGGAAUAACGAAGGGUUAGCGAUCCCGGGAUCGGAACGGAGGGACCUCCCGGCGCGGGUUUUGAGUCUUCCGAGUUUUCUGGAGGAAAGGGGUCCGUCUGGUGGAGUAGCGGGGGUUGGAACGAGUGCGAGUGUAGAUCAGCGGCCGACCGCGUUGCAGAUCUACAACCUCGUUGAUCGUGUGCGGGUGUUGACAGCCCAUGUGGAGGCAUGCGUAGGUGCCCAGUUGGCGUCCUUAUCCUCCCAUUGUGAUGGGGGGGAGGGCGCUUCUCCUGAUGGUGCCUCUGGAUUCGAAAAGAGAAGUCCACGAAGUAUCGCGAAGGAGGCGGAACUGCGGCGUAAGUGGAAAGUGAAUCUAACGUGGCAUCAAGAAAUGAGUGAUCUUCUUUCGUAG